GGGGCCGGGCUGGGCAGCCGGGGGGAGGCGCACGGAACUGCUCCACGGAAACUCGGAUUUAAGGAGUGGCACUUUUGAAAGUCUCCUCGCCGCGUCCCGUUCCGUCCGCCGAGCCCCGCAGCAGCUGCCCAGUGCCCCCAGCCGGCCCGCACCCGCCAGCAGGAUGCCAGUGAAAGGAGGCACCAAGUGCAUCAAGUACCUGCUCUUCGGCUUCAACUUCAUUUUCUGGCUUUUAGGAACUGCAGUCCUUGCAAUUGGACUAUGGCUUCGGUUUGAUACGCAGACAAAAAAUAUCUUUGAGAUGGAAUCCAACAAUUCAAACUUCUAUACUGGAGUUUACAUUCUAAUUGGAGCUGGCGCACUCAUGAUGUUAGUUGGUUUCUUGGGAUGUUGUGGUGCAGUGCAAGAGUCACAGUGCAUGCUUGGCUUGUUCUUUACCUUCCUUCUCGUAAUUUUUGCCAUUGAAGUAGCUGUUGCCAUCUGGGGAUUUUCAAAUAAAGAGACGAUUAUUGAAGAAGUAAAGAAAUUUUACAGGGAAACCUAUGAUAAGAGGAAUCAGCCAGCCGUUAAAGAAACCUUGAAAGCAUUUCAAUAUGCACUAGACUGUUGUGGUAUCGCAGGAGCUAUUGAACAACUGUUACAAGAUACCUGCCCUAAGAAGGAAGGAUUAGAAAUACUUACAACAAAGCCAUGCCCUACAGCCAUUGAGGAUGUCUUUACUUCUAAAUUGAAUGUGAUUGGAGCAGUUGGCAUUGGUAUUGCUGUGGUAAUGAUCUUUGGCAUGAUCUUCAGCAUGAUCCUCUGUUGUGCUAUCCGCCGAACCAGAGAAAUGGUCUAGGGGAUUUAACAAAGAAGAUCUCUGCACUCUACAAAUGUCUGUUAACUUUAGCAUUCUUAAAGCAUUUCUAAAAUUAUAUAUUUGUUACCUUUUUAAUGCUUUAUUUGGUAUUGAUGUUUUACUUACUGCUUUUUUGUUUAUAAAGUUUUUAAAAAACCCAAUAGUAAAAGGUACUAUAUUUGUUAGACUAAAGUCAAAGAUAUUGUACAUAAAACAAUUUGUCCUUACGUGGCUGUCUGGUUUCUUGAAACUUAUCAUAAUCAGGAUGUAAUUUAUGUUGGAGACAAUUUGAUACUUAAUAAAGAUUAAGACUGUAAA